AUCAUCGCUUGCACUUGCAGCGUCACAAGCAAACCGAAGCUAGUCAGUCACACACAGCUCUCCAGCUUCCAUCCACAAAGAAGAAGGAAACAAGCUAACCAUGAUGAUGAGCGCCAAGAAGAUUGCUCAUCUCGCCAAGAAAUGGCAGAGGAUGGCCGCGCAAGGGAGGAAGCGCCUCACCUUGGGGGCGGCGGCGGCAAAGGAAGUCGACGAGUGCUGCGGCUCUGUGGCGAGCAAGGGCCAUUGUGCGGUGUACACGGCCGACGGGGCACGGUUCGAGGUGCCGCUGGCCUGCCUUAGCACCCCUGUCUUCAGGGAGCUCCUGCAGAUGUCACAGGAGGAGUUCGGCUUCGCUGGCGGCGAUGGCACUGGCAGGAUCACGCUGGCCUGCGACGCGGCGGUCAUGGAGUACGCCAUGUGUUUGCUCAGGAGAGGAGCCUCUGCCGAGCUAGAGCAGGCGUUCCUUAGCACCAUGGCCAUGUCAUGCCACUGUGCCAGCUACAUGGCGCCGUAUGUUGGACGAGCCAGGCAGCAUCAGAUCGUUGUUUAGUUAGUUGCUGUUCCGUGUAUGUAGACGUGUAGUGUAGAGCGAUGAUUUUAACUAGGUGGGUGCUAUUCAAAGCCUUCUGAUCCAGCAACCGAUCAAGUGAGGUGUUGUAAGUACAAGAGAAUAAAGAGACGUGAUUCUUGCUU